CAGAGCAGCGCGCGGAGCACUGCGCUUUGAUACAAGCGCGCAAGACUGCUGGUCAAUCCGUACUUUUCAGUUUCAGGAAAGACGUAGGGAUCUGCACUGUAAUUGGACAUUAUGUGAGGCCAAUUGUUGUUGAUGUUUUAUUAAGAACUUUAGGAAAACAAACAAGUCGGCAAAAUGAUUUCUUUCUAGCAAUCAUGAAGCGUAACAAUUGGCGCAAGAGAUUCAUCGUGGUGGAGUUGUUCGUAUUCCCGUGCUAUAUCUUCAUGAGAUUAGAAACCUGCUAUGGAGGACCUCUUUAGCCAAAAUGAAUCUGAGCAUUGAAGAUGUGGCAAAUAUACGGGGAAAUAGUUCAUUAUUGGAACUUCACGUCGGUACAGUGGGGUCGACAUGGAUGUUUCAAUCGUCUGUCAAUUCCACAAACUACACGGUCAAUGAAACGGGGAUAGGUGAAGUGGAUAUUACCCGUGCCAUCCCGCUCGGCUUGGUCUUGGGGGCUUUCAUCGUGUUCGCCAUCGUGGGCAACAUCCUUGUCAUCCUCGCUGUGGUGACCAACAGGCACCUACGAACACCAACCAACUAUUUUAUUAUCAACUUAGCCAUUGCAGACCUUCUCCUGGGUACCACCGUGCUGCCGGUAUCAGCCACCCAGGAGAUCCUCAACUAUUGGGUUUUCGGCAGGAUUUUCUGUGACAUCUGGGCGGCGGUGGAUGUUCUGUGCUGCACCGCAUCCAUUAUGAGCCUGUGCGUAAUUUCCAUAGACCGUUACAUCGGGGUGAGCCACCCGCUGCAGUACCCGACCAUAGUAACAGAGAAGCGGGCACUGCUGGCCAUGCUCGGGGUAUGGGUGCUCUCUGUGGUUAUUUCUAUCGGCCCUCUUCUCGGGUGGAAGCAGCCUCCGUCGCCACAAGACACUGUAUGCCUCAUCACAGAGGAACCGUUUUACGCACUAUUUUCCUCCCUCGGGUCCUUUUAUAUACCGCUGGUUGUUAUCUUGUCCAUGUAUUUUAGGGUGUAUGUAGUCGCCAAACGGACCACCAAGAAUUUGGAGGCUGGGGUAAUGAGGGAAAGGAUGAAUACGAGCGAGCUCACUCUCAGGAUCCACAAGGGUUCCCAUGUGCAAGAUGACACUGGCAGCUGCACUGGAAAGGGCCGGACGACCCAUGCGAGGAGCUCAUUAACGGUGAAACUUCUGAAAUUCUCCCGGGAGAAGAAAGCAGCUAAAACUUUGGGAGUCGUAGUUGGCAUGUUUACGCUUUGUUGGCUCCCGUUCUUCCUAGCGUUGCCCAUUGGCUCUUUCAACCCUGAUUUCCGCCCCCCUGACACACUUUUCAGGGUGAUCUUCUGGCUGGGCUAUUUCAACUCCUGUCUCAAUCCCAUCAUCUACCCCUGCUACAGCAGAGAGUUCAAACUGGCCUUCAUACGCAUCCUUAGAUGCCAGUGCCACCAUAGAAGACGCCCAAGCUGGCGAGCCUACAACUACCGUACCUCCCAGUUGGAUUCCUUUGGCUACUCACGCAAGAGCUCCACAGAGUCUGCAUACUCACGGAAGAGUUCCUCAUGCUUCAAUGGGAGCCAGCGCACCCUGCCCUCCUCAGGCAGUCCCAGCCCUAGCUACCUACCACCAUGCCCAGAGGGGGAGACCCUUUACACCUGCUGGGCCUCCGCGGCUUCCAGGUCCCCCUCUCUGCUGCCUGGGAGUCCUACAGACUGCCGGCUGGGGACACUUCAGGGAGGUGUGGGGGGAGAAGGGGCCCACGGGGGACUUUCUCUCAGGGAGUAUGGCCACGGGGUGUUCUCGUUCCCCUGCGGGGGGCAGAUAAGGGAGCACGUAGGUGACAUACCUGAGGAUAAGGUUUGACUGUCUGGGAAUCCAGCAGUCAGGAGUUGUGGUGAACUGGUUCUUGAUAGGGAUCUGAUUCAUGCUCAGUCCCUGACUGGUGAUAGGAAGAGAUGUGUCUGUUAAUGGUUUAAGUCAGGUCAGUCAAUGGUUUUGUAUGCUCGGCAUAAGAAAUGGUUGAAUAAGAGACGUUGUUAAGUUGGACUUCCACUGUAUCCUAGCAGGCAUCACUGUGCAUCACAAUCAGUCCAGCAUCUGUUCAAUGGGGACAUCAGUCAGUGGGAAACGACAGCGAAAUCAGGCUGCACUGGAUUUCCUAUGUUUAAGCCACGUAAACUGUGCAUUGUGGAUUUGACAGAGGCCAAUGCAUGCAUAUGUGUCAAUAUACAUAUUGUAUGGGAGAGAGUACAUCACCUGGGGACGACCUGUCGGAGGAAACCCUCAGCUGUCAUUCAUUACCUGUCAGUUGGUUGUGACCUGUGAAUGCCUCUCCUCUUCUCAGUGUCUGUGGUCAGUUGGAGAAAAUGCCUGUGUUACAUAUAAAACAUGGUGAUCACUUUCCUGUUAUUGUCAUUCAUGUACUGUAUUUAUGGUAUGUCUGCA